AUGGAUUCGCAACAGCUCGUCGAUACAGCCUCACAAAACAGCCAGGACAUCGUUCUGCCGAAGCCAGCGAGCAGCACACCCAGACACAGCAUCGACGCGAUCCUUGGACUGGCUAAUAACAAACGAAGUCACCAAGAAAUGGAGGAUAACGCUCGGGACACGCAGGAAAAUACUGGUGAGAACAGCUGCAACUCCACCGGCGGCGGCAGCGACGAGGAGCUCGGCACAGGCUGCGGGGACGAUUUAAACGGGAACGGCGGGAAGAAGAAGCAUCGUCGUAACAGAACGACCUUCACCACCUACCAGCUGCACGAGCUCGAGAGGGCCUUCGAGAAGUCUCAUUAUCCCGACGUGUACUCCAGGGAGGAGCUCGCCGUGAAAGUCAAUCUUCCGGAAGUGCGGGUCCAGGUGUGGUUUCAGAACAGACGGGCAAAAUGGCGCAGACAAGAGAAAAUGGAAGCCGCGAGACUCGGGCUCAACGAAUACCAUCAUGCUACCAAUAUGAGAAGUAUGACAGGACCAGCUCUGGGCUUGCCAGGAGAUCCUUGGCUCACUCCACCGGGAUUAUUAAGCGCUCUUCCCGGUUUCCUGGCUGCACCUCAUUCGGGAUAUCCCAGUUAUCUAACCUCCCCGAGACGACUGCCGUCGCCACCGAACGUCGCCGCCGUUGGAAACGCCGUGCCGGGGAGCCUGACAGCAGGGAUGACCAGUAUAGGGAACGGCGGCCACGUUCCGACAGCGCCGCCGAGCCCUCCCGGUCACGAUCCCCGCACGACCAGUAUCCAGGCCCUCAGAAUGCGGGCCAAGGAGCACGUCGAGAGCAUCACCAAAGGAUUGCAAAUGGUCUGA